AUGAACAGUACACGUAUUAAGAGCAUUAAUGGUGUAUUAAAAGCUGAAAUUGGUGCACGAACAAUGCUUAUAAAAUUAGUAAAAAAUGUCGAAAAGCAGAUCGAAAAUGAAGCCAAACACCAACGUGAAUCUGAAUAUCGAAAUCAGCUCCUGUCUGUUA